AUGGGGGAGAAGUAUUCCUGUUUCGAGUGCGGGAAAUGUUUUUCAUACAAAACUAGACUUUACAUACAUCUGAGAUCUAACACAGGUGAAAAGCCAUAUGUCUGUCCUGAGUGCGGGAAAUACUUUUCAGUGAAGCUUAGUCUUCACACACAUCAGAGAUCUUACACGGAGGAGAAGUUGCAUACCUGUCCGAAGUGCGGGAAAUGUUUUUUAUGUAAGUCCUAUUUUUAUAUAUACCAGUGA